AAAAAACUCCUACGCUGGCACAUUCUAUAAUAUUUUCUCAGCCUGAAUGCUGCGAACACAUGCGAAUUUUUUAGUAGUAUUAUUUUAAACAUGAAUAGAUGUGGCGCGGCCAGGUUAGCGAUAGCAGUGUGGAAUAUAUUGUUAUUGUUUACUCCUGUUUAUUUUUCUCUAAUACCAAAAAAUGCUUCAACUGAGGAUAGUGGAACAUUGGUAGCAGUUGUUGUGAUCUAUAGGCAUGGGGACAGAGCGCCUCUUAUUUCAUUUCCGCGUGACGAAUAUUACAAUAUGACAUAUUGGCCCAUGGGAUUUGGACAUCUGACAAAGUACGGUGUUACAAGACUUUACAAUCUUGGCAAAUGGUUUCGUGAACGGUACAAGAAUUUUCUCAGUGAAACAUACUCUCCAGAUGAGAUUUAUAUUCAUUCUUCCAAUAUAGACCGGUGUUUGAUGUCGGCAAGUGCAGCUCUGGCAGGUCUUUACCCACCAACAGGUUUUCAAUUUUGGAAUCCUCAGUUAUCUUGGCAACCGAUUCCUGUCCACACUGACAACAAAAAUCAUGAUGAAAUAAUUACUGAAAAACGAAGAUGCAAAAAGUACGAAGAUAUUCUUCUAACUCUUCAGAACGCAACAUAUCCGUCUUUCAAACGUAAUUAUACAGAACUAUUCCAAUUUGUUUCCGAUAAAACAGGGUGGACAGUAUCACUUCCUGAAAUAAAGACACUUUAUAGCGUUUUGAAUUCUUACAAUUCCUACAAUAGCUCGUUUGUACCCGAAUGGAUUGAAAACAUAAACUUAGAUAUUGUGGAAACAUUAGCUGCUGUUGUUUACGGAUUGCCUAGCUCCACAACCGAAAUAGCCAGACUUCGCAUUGGUCCUUUCUACCAAUAUAUGUUUGACCUCUUUGAUACUUUCGUCACAUCAUCUUCAUUUAGCAUGCCAAAAUUUCUUAUGGUAUCGGCACAUGAUACAACAUUAUCUGCUGCACUUGGAGCAAUGAAAGCAUUUAGGAAACCAGUGAAAUUCGGAGAGACUUUAAUUUGGGAACUUAAGCAAGACAAUAAUGGAACCUUUUUUAUUAACACCUAUUAUAAAACUGAAGACAAAAUAAGUGGUAUCAAUUUAAUGGACUGUAGCUUUGAUUGCGAUUACUCUAUAUUUAAAAAAAAGUUGUCAAGUAUUACAGUAAGUUAUGAAGAUUGGGCCAUUGAAUGUAACAACUAAAAUAAAAUAUUUUUUAACAAGUAUAAUAUUAAUAACAAUGUCUAUAAUUAAUUAUUCAUAGAGUAACUACGAUAUCAUAGAUACUAAUGGUAUAAUGUAGCAGUCCUUCAAUUCCACUACUUCUUCUUCUACUCUAUCGUUAUGUAAUUGGUAAAGUUAACAAGGAGAUACAAAGUUUUUAAAGUUUGUUAAUAUGUAUUGAAUAAAUGAAACUUUUUAUAA